AUGACGGUCAAAUCCCCAUUGUACGCAAUGAUCAAUCGGCUAGGUCAAUUGGCACUGCAGGACGGCUCCGACCCGUCUGGCCAGACCCACUCCGACUUGCUUCGAAUAAUCGACCAGUUGAGGUUGGCCGUGGAAACCCCAACGGAAUCCGUCUUGCGUUUGAUCUAUCAGCCUCCGCAAAAUGCUGCACUUCGCGCGGUCAUGGACCUGAAUAUCUUUCCUCUCCUGUUUGAGAAACAGUACCGAGAGGAGGGUAUCUCGGCAGCACAAAUUGAGAAGUCCACCGGCGCUGAGAAGGAUCUUAUCGUCCGGUUAAUGCGCGUCAUGGUGUCUUUGGGCCUUUGCAUCACCUUGGGACCCGAGAUGUACCGAGCCAACGACAAGACUUUGGCUUUGACCCAGCCUGUUGGCCGCGACGGAGUCCCAUGCAUAUACGACCUCACGGUCCCAACCCUGAGCAAACUGCCCGAGUACUUGCGAGUACACCAGUACGCCAAUCCUCAGGAGUAUGCGCACUCUCCGAUGCAGUGGGCUGUUGGCCAGAGCCAGUUCGAAUGGUUGGCCAGUAACAAGAAGCAGCAAACCCUAUUCAACUCGUACAUGGCGAGUCGUCGGCAGGGACGGCCGAUGUGGUUUGAUGUGUAUCCGGUAGAUCGCCUGAUGGGGCAUGCCGUACCCUGUGAGGACACAAUAUUCCUGGUAGACGUUGGCGGCAAUCAGGGCCACGACUUGAGUAUGUUCCGACAGAAGUACCGUCAUCUUCCUGGAAAGCUGGUUCUGCAGGACUUGCCCGAAGUGCUGAACGGAGUGUCGGGUGGCGACGGUAUCCAAGUAAUGAGUUACAGCUUCAUGGAGCCCCAACCUGUUCAGGGUGCUCGAGUGUACUAUUUCCGCUCCAUCUUCCACGAUUGGCCUGAUCGUAUCUGUCAGCAGAUUUUGUGCAACACGAUGUCUGCGAUGGCUCCGGAUUACUCUCGAAUCCUGAUUGUCGACUUUGUCCUUCCAGACACUGAUACUCCUGUCAUGCAGGCGUCGAUGGAUAUCCAGAUGAUGAGCAUCGGCGCUGGUGUAGAGCGCUCGGAACACCAGUGGCGAGAAUUAUUGCACAGCGUCGGACUGGAAAUUUCAGGAAUAUGGAGCCCGAGUCCCGGGCGGAGUCAGUGA